UUUUUUUAAGUUUCUGUUUAUGUUGCGUCAUUUCCUGACAACGCACAACAAGAAGCUGUGAACAGUACUGGACAAGUUUCUAUCGGCGAACCAUGCAGACGGAGUCGGUUCCAUACCAGCCAGGCAUGACCCUGGGCCGAGAAUAUGACCUGAAGACCUACAGUUCCGGCCUGGACCUAUUCACAGACGAAUCGAUGUCCAAAGUGGAAAAAAUAGAUCGUCACCGGAAUAUAGCACACUAUUCUGUAAUCCAAAAAGCACAAGACGUGCAUGAUAUGCUUAACGUAUCGGGGGAACUCUCACUGAAGGUCAAGGCCAACUUGGUCAUGGUUGGGGGAACAGGGUCAUAUCUGAAGGAGUGCCGUACUGAUGACAACACGCUGGAAAUCAUUGCUGUGGCUAACGUUGAAACGGGAACAGAAACCAUGAAAGAAACGAAGUUGAAGUCGGGUAUAAAGAGAAAACUUAAAGGGACCCAUUUUUUCCGGAGCAUCACAUACGGAGGGGAAUUGCUGGUUCGAAUACGGAUAAAGAAUUCAAACAAAAAACAAUUAAACGAUAUCCAUGCUGAUUUGAAAGGGAAACUAUCAUUCAAGGGCAUGGUCGAUGCCGGGGCCAAAGCAAAGUUCAAGCAACUGGAAAACGAUUUAAGCAGCAGCUCCGAGAUCAACAUAGACUACUUUUCUACAACACCGACUAGCUACAUGCCACGAGAUGUUGAUGGGAUGCUUCAAGUGCUGGAUGAUUUCAAACGUGAAGUAAUGGAACAAAAUGAUGGGAAAGGAUGCCCAUGCAGAUGUGAGCUUGUACCUUUGAAAACCCUUUCAUCCAACCUCCCAGACAUGUUGAAGGACAAGGGCUUAGAGGUUCUUCUGGAACAACUCGAGGCAAAUUUUGAUGACCUCCUCGCGGCGAAGGCGAUGUUGGAUUCAUUUCUGGGAGACGUUGAUGUUGAACUGACAGAAAGUCAAGAGGAAGAGGCUAGUGCCAUUGAACAGCGUCUCGUGGAAGUGCUACGGGUCUACCUGAAGGUAGUAGCAGAGCUGGACCUGACAAAGAAGAAGAGGAGACAGUCUGAACCAAUUGAGAAGGCCUUCAAAGAAUACGACUCCGAGAAGAAAGUGGGUGGUUUCAGAAAGGAAGUCUCAAAGUUUAUAUCUAAAUUGAAGUCACCCAAGGAGAGCGUUACACCCGUGGCAGACCUACCCGACGGGGAACCCUUGGACAUAAUUCUGAUGGGCAAGACGAAUCGUGGUGCCAGCACAACGGGAAACACAAUUUUUGGAGAAAAAAAGUUUUCGAGCCAAAUAACAACAGCUACAAUACUCUUUCAGAAUCUGAAGAUCAGCGAAUCAGUGGGGGGACGGAAGCUUAAUGUGAUGGAUCUUGAUGGCGCGGUUGAUCAGGCUCUGGCCCAGGAUCUGAUGGUCAUGCUUCGUCAAUCUGGAAUAUGGUUCCCUCACGGCGUUCAUGUGGUUCUGCUGAUUCUGUCCGCCACCGAGCGUCUGAGCAAGGAAGAGAUCUCUGCAGUGGAGUCUCUCCGUCAGGCAGAUCAGGACAUCCUGAGAAAGCACGUCAUCUGUGUCUUUACUCGCGGAGACUCAUUUCACCGUCAGAUGGAGCUGGAUGGAAAAUCGCUAACAUUUAGUCAGCAUAUAGAGUCGGCCAGCGGUCCAAUGCGAAUGUUAUUGCAGGAUUGUCAAAAUCGUUACGUCUUAUUCAACAACGCUGAAGCAGAUCUUGGGAAGAAAAGAGAAAUGGUCAUUGAUCUUGUUAAGCUGAUUGACAGCCUAAUGACAGAGAAUAGGGGAGAGAAAUUGUCCCUAGACCUCGAAAACUUAUCCGAUGACAAUGACUGUUGAAUUCUUGCUACCUUUAAGUUUGUGGCUUAUGGGUUCGGAGAUUCACCUUUGGUUUGAAAAUUGGAGAGUGCACCCCUAUUGGUGCAUGCAAUUUUCUAUAGGAAACGGGAGAAAACUUUCGACGUUGCCAAUAGCUAGGAGCAGUUAUAGCUAGCUCAUUGCUGGUCAUAAACAGCAAAUCAAGAUACCGUGUUUCCUCUAUCACACCGGACCUCUUAUAAUCAUCGAGUCUGGUCUGAGCAAUUUAAUUCAAGGUUAAUGUCGUGCCUUCAAUACGAACCAGGUACGUCAGCAUUCACUGACCUUUUGUGUGAUAUAUCAACCCGCCUCCGUGUUGUGGUUUGAGCGUCUGUCGCGGCAGUUGAAGGUCGGUGAUUUGAUCAACAUUACCGUGCUACAUCAGUAUGGGAGUUACGAUCGUCUUAACGCUUCGAUCGCUAUGUGGAUCGCGGCCCAGUACCGUAUUUCCAAAUAUUUCACCCAGCUUCCCCAACGCACAACAGACAGUAAAUACAGGCCCGGUGGUAAAUAGAGCUGUGAAAAUGGACACUGAGCUGAUGAUAUAUAGAGGCUGUGUGGUAACUGGUACAUAGAGACGCUGCGAUUAUAUACUUUCAAGAUUACCGUAAUUCAUACAGUGCAACAUUAUAUGUGAAGUGAAAGUAGCUUACUGUACGUGUCCGGUCGUGUGUCGGUACUCUUGUGCCGCAGUUUAACAUGAAUACCCCCCUCACACACAGUAUACUGACUCCAAGCCGACCAGUCCUUGUUUUAGCCCCUUAAUGCCGAGCGCCAGUCACCUCUAACGACCAGCCCCAUGAAGAUUCCGGGGUGGAACAGGUCUUCAGCAACCCAUACUUGCCGUAAAAGGCGACUAUGUUUGUCGUAAAAGGCGACUAACGGGAUCGGAUGGUCAGGCUCGCUGACUUGGUUGAUACAUGUCAUCGAUCCCAACUGCGUGGAUCGAUGCUCAUGAUAUUAAUCACUGGAUUGUCUGGUCCAGACUCGAUUAUUUACAGACCGCCGUCAUAUAGCUGGAAUAAUGCUGAGUGCGGCGUAAAACAACAAACCAACCAACUAAACCAGAACGAGCGUCACCUGCUGCGAACAGUACUGGACAAUUUUCAAACAAGAUUCCCUUAACUAAUAAUUUACCAAACAUGUGUGUUGAAUGUCCCAAAUGAAGGAACCAAACAUAAUUUCUCUCCUAAAUAUACAUAACAUAAUACACUCUCUCCAUGGAAACGGCAGCACUAAAACAUAAAGACCACAGCCUUCCAAACUAGGCAUGCUCAGAACAAGAGGGAGGUUGACCGUCAUAUUACGAGGAUCAACACACAGCGAGUACAUUUACACCUUACACCGCCCAUAUAAUAAUACACGUCUAGUUUAAUAUGUAAAUGUACUCGCUGUUUGUUGAUUCUCGUGACUCGCAAUCUAUUUCCCUCAUGUUCUGCGCUUGCAGUGUGCUCCAGUUUCUACGGGGGCGGUCGGGUAGCCUAGUGGUUAAAGUGUUCGCUCGUCACGCCGAAGACCCGGGUUCGAUUCCCGACAUGGGUACAAUGUGUGAAGCCCAUUUCUGAUGUCCCCCGCCGUGAUAUUGCUGGAAUAUUGCUAAAAGCGGCGUAAAACCAGACUCACUCACUCCAGUUUCUUAGUUUCUGGUUACCUUCUCAAUGUUUUCUGUUGUCGAUUCCCUGUGUAUUGUAGACAUAGAACAGUUUCUUGUUGAUGUCUGGCAGAUUUCGUUCUUAUGCCUGGUUAAUAAAUUAUAACGAACAUACAGCUCCGUAUCUGCAACCAAGUUUCGAGGUCACAGCUGCUGCGUAAUGGGUGGAAAGUCCGUUUCGAUAUAAUUUCUGAUCUCGUGUAAAGCAAAUAACAAUUCUUUAUAAUUUUUUUACAAAGUUUUUUUGCUUGUUUUUCAAAAUCUUUAAGGCGAGAGCCCGCCACCAGCAAUGAGAAAUCCCAAACCUCAGAUAAUUCAGUCAUUUAACGCUCGCCGAGCUAAAUUAUGCUUAUCAAAACGCAAGGAUAACAAGGAAACGCCCUCUCUGGUUAAGAUUAAUUAUUCUGAUCGUUGCUGACCAAAAUACACGUAAAAUAAGAGUUAUCAAGUAAUCUCGAAAGAGGAAAUUAUAAUAUACCCUUCGACAAAAAAGUUCUAGUUUCUGUUUACAUUACGUUAUUCCCUGGCAACAGCUUGUCUAACAGAGUGGCAACACACAACUGGAGAAGUCGCUUGUCUAACAGAGUGGCAACACACAACUGGAGAAGUCGCUUGUCUAAUAGAGAACCAUGCAGACGGAGUCGGUUCCAUACCAGCCAGGCAUGACCCUGGGUCGAGAAUAUGACCUGAAGACCUACAGUUCUGGCCUGGACCUAUUCACAGACGAAUCGAUGUCCAAAGUGGAAAAAAUAGAUCGUCACCGGAAUAUAGCACAC